AUGUCCCCCAUGACGCUGAAAACCCUCGCGGCGCUGCGCAUGCUGGUCGGCGGCGCGUGCCUGCUCGUGCCCCGCCACGCGGGCCUGCUCUUCGGCAUCCCGUUGGGCACGGGCCCGGAGGGGGUGCUCCUGGGCCGCAUGGCGGGCGUGAGGGAUAUCGUGCUCGGUGCGUACUUGUGGAAGCGAGUCAGGGGUUGGGAAGAGGUUGCGAACAACAAGGCAGACGGGGUUGUCGGUGCAGAUCGUGCUGUUAUGGGAGGAGGUCGCGAUAUGGGUAGGACGCCGCUGCUGUUCAACAAGGACGGGGACGGGGACGGAAUCGGCGCAACAUCACCAUCACCACCACCACCAACCAACCCCUCCUCUGUCUUUCCCAGGGGCCGUGAGCAAGGCCCCGGACACGGCGGCAACAAGCACCUGCAGAUGGCGGAGAGAGAAUCUGCUCUCCGCUCGGCCGUCUGGCUCGGUCUGGUCGUCGACACGAUCGACUGCGGCAGCGUCAUCGUCGGCUCUCUGCAGGGCGAACCCUUGUCCGACCUCGCCAAGGUGACCGUUGGUGGAGGCGCCGUGGUCUUUGCGCUGAUUGCGGGACAGCAUCUCGUCAGCAGCUCACGGGCGAGGGCCAAGCUGGGUCAGGACUCAGGUUGA